AUGUCAUGCAUGUGGCGCAAGAAUGGGUGUGGUGGCAGUGAGAAGAAACCACCUGCGGAUGUGCCACGCGGGCACUUGGCUGUGACAGUGGGAGAAGCAAAGAGAAGGUUUGUGAUAAGAGCUGAUUACCUUAACCAUCCAUUGCUUCAACAAUUGCUGGAGCAAGCAUCAUAUGAAGGCUACGGCUUCAACAAGAGUGGUCCUUUGGCUAUACCCUGUGAUGAGUUCCUUUUUGAAAAUAUUAUUCAGUCCCUUCAACGUCAACCUCACGCGCGCCGAUCCUCCUCUACCCACGUGCCUCUCAAGAACCUACACCAUAGCUUCUCCAAGGACUCUCUACCUCUACUUCAUCAUGGUUUUGAUAGUAAAAGCAGGAGCAGCAACUAA